AUGAAUGCCCAGCUGUCGAUGGAGAAUAUUGGCGACCUGCACGGAGUGAGCCAUGAACCGGUACCCAGCACAGCGGACCUGAUGAGCAGCGACAGUCCUCAUCACAGGAGCACCGUGACCCAUCGAAGCAACCUGUCAGCCCACGCACGCUCAAUGGGCAUGACAUCAAUCUUGGACAGCGGCGACUAUCAUCACCAUCGGCCCCCGGACCACGGGCUCGCCAGUCACUUGCACCCGGCUAUGACCAUGGCUUGCGAGGCUCCCCCCGGCAUGAGCAUGAGCAGUACAUACACCACGCUCACACCCCUGCAGCCACUACCUCCCAUCUCGACCGUCUCAGACAAGUUUCCCCAUCACCACCAUCACCAUCACCAUCAUCACCAUCAUCCCCACCAGCGGAUCCCGGGAAAUGUAAGCGGUAGUUUCACCUUGAUGAGAGACGAUAGGGGUCUGGCCUCUAUGAACAACCUCUACACUCCAUACCACAAGGAUGUUGCCAGCAUGGGACAGAGUUUGUCCCCCUUGUCAGGGUCCGGACUUGGUGGCAUACACAAUUCCCAACAGGGACUGCCGCCUUACGCACACCCAGGUGCCACCAUGCCCACGGAGAAGAUGCUAACGCCCAACGGAUUUGAGGCGCAUCACCCCGCGAUGUUGGCCAGACACGGAGACCAGCAUAUGAGCGCUUCCUCGGCGGGAAUGGUACAAAUCAACGGGAUCCAUCAUCACCCUCAUUCUCAUCUAAACACCCAGGGCCACGGGCAAGUGCUGGGCUCUACCCGGGAGCAAAAUCAUUCCUCUGUGCCUGGAUCGCAGGUCAACAAUGGGAGCAAUUCAGGGCAAAUGGAAGAAGUUAAUACCAAAGAAGUAGCCCAGAGGAUCACCACGGAACUUAAACGAUACAGCAUCCCUCAGGCCAUCUUCGCCCAGCGGGUGCUUUGCCGAUCGCAGGGGACCCUCUCUGACCUUCUUCGGAACCCCAAACCCUGGAGCAAGCUGAAAUCCGGUCGCGAGACUUUUCGGAGAAUGUGGAAAUGGCUGCAGGAGCCUGAGUUCCAAAGAAUGUCCGCGCUCAGGCUCGCAGCAUGCAAGAGGAAAGAGCAAGAGCACGGGAAAGGUGAUCGGGGAAGCGUCUCCAAGAAGCCUCGACUGGUUUUCACCGAUGUUCAGCGUCGGACUUUACACGCAAUAUUUAAAGAAAACAAGCGUCCGUCCAAAGAAUUACAAAUAACCAUCUCUCAGCAGCUGGGCCUGGAGCUCGCAACCGUCAGCAACUUUUUCAUGAACGCGCGCAGGCGCAGCCUCGACAAGUGGCAAGACGAUGGGAGCUCCAGCUCGGCCAACUCCACUUCCUCAUCCAGCACUUGA